UUUCCGCUUGUGUCACGGGGUCCAUCUCUAAUUCAAUAAUAGAAUUCGACUUGUUUGUAGUUUGCGCUACUGUUUUGCCAAUAUUUACUUGGAAUAUCAGCGAAAUGUCGAACAAAAUUCAGGUGGCGCUGCCGGAGGAGGAACUGGACUGGAUCCAACUGCGCCAGGACCUGGGACCCGUGGCCGAGGUGGAGACGACGAAGGAGAAGCUGCAGCGCAAGAUAAAGGAGAAUCCGCUGGUUCCGCUGGGAUGUUUGGCCACCACAGCGGCACUCACAGCCGGAUUAUACAACUUUCGCACUGGCAAUCGCAAGAUGUCCCAGCUGAUGAUGCGCACUCGAAUCGCCGCUCAGGGAUUCACCGUUUUGGCCCUGGUUGCCGGCGUCGUCAUGACUUACACUGAUAAAAAAUAACUAUGUGAUCAUAAAUAUAUAGGCUGAAUUUUGAAUUCGGUUUUGUUUUUUUUUUUAGCACGUUGUUACAAAAGCUACCACCUACGGCUAUAAAUGUUAAAUAUAUAUGUUUUCUUUUAUAUAGAAAGUAACUAAAAAAUAUGUACCUCCAAA